AUGUCGUUCCCGCCAUUUUCCCCACCAUGUACGGGCAUCCUCGUGGAGAUAAGCAACAUCAUUCUUGACUCCUCUUUCAAUGCCCUCACCGCUACCACGGUCAACACCUUCAAAUCCAUCAUUUGCUGCUCUGCCACUUCCCAAUACCAACGUGGCGAGCUGACCAAGUCGGAAUAUUUUCAGAGACUCCAAACUGAGUUUCAGCUCACCUCUUCCGUAGACGAGGCCUUUGCUCAGGUCGAGUCGACAUACGCCAUCAACACCUCUCUGCUCUCUUUCCUCAAGGAGCUAAAGAACUCGCUAGGUGGCCUGCGAGUCUAUGCAGUUGCUAAUAUUGGCAAGGAAGAUUUCGACUCCCUUCUCGCCUUGCCUAUGGAAUGGAACGUCUUUGACCACAUUUUCACUUCGUCGGAGAUGGGCAUGCGGAAGCCAGAGCUUCGCUUUUUCCAUCACAUUUUCAACUGCAUUGGACAGACCCUAGAAGAGUUGAUCUUUGUGGACUGGGAUGUAGACAACGUGGUAACCGCGCUGUCUUUGGGGAUGAAAGGGAUCAAAUUCGACGGGGUGAGAGAGACGCGGCGGACGCUGAAGGCCAUGCUCUUUGAUCCGAUUCAGAGAUCCAAAGAUUUCUUAUAUCGGAGGCGGAAGACUUUUGAUUCAGUCAGCACCAAUGGCGUAACGAUCCACGAGAACUUUGCCCAGCUGAUGAUCCUCGAAGCCACAGGAGAUGCUGGGCUGGUGGAGAUUGACACCCAUGAAGUUACAUGGAACUACUUCAUCGGGCCACCCAUUCUCACCCAAGCGGAUUUCCCGAAUGACCUCGACACCACUGCGUUAGCUCUGACAAUCCUGAAGCAGCCGGAUCAAGUCAUUCAUGAGGCCAUCAACCGCAUGCUAGAGUUUGUGAAUGAGGAUGGCCUCCCUCUCACAUAUUUCAGCUCUUUCAAGAACCGCAUCGACCCCGUGGUAUGCGUCAACGUCCUGGGUCUCUUCUUCCAGCACGGGCGCGGGCACGAACUGCCCAGUACGCUUGAGUGGCUCCGCAAGGUCCUCGUCCGCCGCGCUUACAUCUACGGAACUGCCUUUUACCCGAGCCCGGAAGAGUUCCUCUUCUUCUUUGCCCGGUUUCUUCGCCUUAUCCGAUUCAGCCAUCCAAGUCUCCACGACGAAUUAGCCGUCUUGCUCGUUCCGCGCCUCAAGGAAAGGUUCGGCAUUUCCGAUCGAGCAGAUCUCGAAGCGUUGCUUGCCAUGCAGUGCGAGGAUGGCGGGUGGGAGAUGGGGGUGCUGUAUCAGUAUGCGUCAAAGAAGCUGAAAAUUGGCAAUCGCGGCGUCAGCACAGCGUUGGCAAUGCGGGCAAUAAAGGGGGUUUCCAAGUCUCUUGUUGUGUAG